UUUGCGAUAUACCGCGGUGUACCAGUAGAAACGUGUCUGUCAAAUACGCACAGAGGGAUCUAAACAUUCAAUUUGGGAUGGGAUCAAUGACUUGUGGUUAAAUUAAUUUUUACGUAACUGACCAUGUCGAUUGUGUAAAGUCGUUGUCAUUACGUUGGUACCUGGAUCUGAACUUUUAAAUAAUCAAAAAUCAAGGAAAGUUCUAGGAAAUGAUUUCUUGUAAUUUUGCAAAUUUAAUGUUUUUCGUGUGCACUGACUACAUCUUCUAGCUGGCAGUUUAAUUCUCCACAGGGCUGUACAUGAUGGAUAAUGUUGUUUUAAAACUGGGAGAACGUGGGUCUGGGCUGAGAGCCAGAGGUUCUGUCCAAGACUUCAAUGCCCUUCGCGACCAGUGCCUGGCAGAGGGUACUCUCUUCGAAGAUCCUGAAUUCCCUGCUCAAGACUCCUCCCUCUUCUUCAGCAAAAGCCCUAACAAGCCAUUUGAAUGGAGGAGACCUAUGGAAAUUGUAGAAGAUCCACAACUCUUUGUAGAAGGAGCUUCCAGAUUUGACGUACAACAGGGUGAACUUGGUGACUGCUGGCUUCUGGCUGCAGUAGCAAAUCUCACUCUCAGUAGUGCACUAUUCUAUAAAAUUGUUCCUGAUGAUCAAGGAUUUGGAAGCAAGUAUGCAGGCAUCUUCCAUUUCAGAUUCUGGCAGUAUGGUCGCUGGGUUGAUGUUGUCAUUGAUGACAGACUUCCAACAUGCUACGGCAAACUUGUUUUCCUUCAUUCUUCCCAACACAAUGAAUUUUGGAGUGCCUUGCUUGAGAAGGCCUAUGCGAAAUUGCAUGGAUCCUAUGAAGCUCUUAAAGGAGGGACAACAUGUGAAGCCAUGGAGGAUUUCACUGGUGGAGUCACUGAAAUGUACGAACUGAAUCAAGCCCCACCAAAUCUCUUUAAAAUAAUGUUAAAAGGUUAUGAAAGAUCAUCUUUGAUGGGCUGCUCUAUAGAGCCUGAUCCUAAUGUGCUUGAAGCACAAACUCCACAAGGUUUGGUGAAAGGCCAUGCAUACAGUAUAACAAAAGUGAAGUUGGUUGACAUUCAGACACCUGGAAGAACAGGAAAGAUUCCCCUCAUUAGAUUAAGAAACCCAUGGGGAAAUGAAGCAGAGUGGAAUGGACCAUGGAGUGAUAAAUCACCAGAAUGGAGGUUCAUCCCAGAAAGUGAAAAAGAAGAAAUUGGUCUGACCUUUGAUGAUGAUGGAGAGUUCUGGAUGUCUUACAAGGAUUUUGAAGAGCAUUUCCACCGUUUGGAAAUCUGCAACUUGAAUCCAGAUUCCCUUACAGAAGAAAUCUUAGGAUCAGACAAAAGAAAAUGGGAAAUGAGCAUGUUUGAGGGCGAGUGGGUUAGAGGAGUAACAGCUGGUGGCUGCAGAAAUUUCUUAGAGACUUUUUGGCACAAUCCUCAAUAUCGUAUCACUUUAAAUGACCCUGAUGAGGAUGAUGAAGACAACAAAUGUACAGUUAUUGUCGCCCUGAUGCAGAAAAAUAGAAGAUCACAAAGAAGAAUGGGUGUUGAAGUGCUCACCAUAGGUUUUGCAAUGUAUCACUUACCGGAUCCAGAUAAUCUGCCAAAACCUCUCCCACUGGAUUUCUUUAAAUAUAAUCAAUCAGUGGCCAGAUCACCUUCUUUCAUUAAUUUAAGAGAAGUAAGUUGUCGAUUUAAACUACCACCAGGUACCUACUGCAUUGUACCAUCUACAUUUGAAGCGAAUGAAGAAGGAGAAUUCAUUCUAAGAGUAUUCUCUGAGAAUAAAAAUAACAUGGAAGAAAAUGAUGAAGAAGUGGGCAUAGGUGAAAUUGAUGAUCGGGUCAAGAAUGAACCAGAGCCUGAAGAGCAGAAGACUGAAGACAAAGCCAAAGAAUUCUUCUUAAAGAUUGCUGGUGAAGAUUUGGAAAUAGACUGGAAGGAGUUGCAGGACAUUCUUGACUAUGCCAUGAGAAACGGUAUGCUAAAUUGCUUUUUCUCAGUUGUCAAUUUAGAUUUUAUUCCCACCACAAAUGAAAAAUUCAUUUUUUGUUUUUAAAAAAAUCUCAGUAAUUUAAUCUCUUUUCAUAAAGAAUUACUAUUGGUAGACUCAUGAAAGUAAUUAAUUUUGAACUACCUAGAAAGGAAUUUGUUUUUCUGAAAAUAUCACAAUACUUGAAAUUUAAUCAUAACAUUUGAUGACUUUUUUCUUUAGGCUUCAAGAAUCGCUCUAGUUAAUUUGUGCAUGUGUUUUUUGAAGUGUGUAGAAUUUAACAAUGUAUUUUCUAGUGUUGCUGAAUUUGACUGGAGUUUUGAAAUAUUGAAAAAGCAUGUGAUGUGGAAUUUGCUUGGUUUAUUUCAUUAUUCUUACCAUUAGUAUUAUUAUAGAGGUUGUUCAUAGUGGAUGAACUUUUAUGUUUGUCACGUUAUACAGUUUUCCUUGUAUAUAUUAUUUAUUGACUUUAUUACUUAGAUGUAUAAUUUAUUUAUUUAUUAUUUUGCUUGAAAAUAUUUCUCUGUACAGCAUUAUCAAAAUCAGUUGAAGCUUUCUUCUGGUGAAUUGCAUUUAUGAGUGAGAAGAGUGUUUAAAGAUUUGUAGAGUGGACUGCAUUGGAAUUUAUUCAUUACAUAAUCAUGAAAGUUUUACUUUUCUGGAAAGGACUAAAGUGAAUAUCAGGUGCUUCUCAUGGUUUUCGGUUAGGUUUAUGUUUUUUGGAAGUGUUUGUGAGUUCAUGAUGCAAGUAAGGAGUGUCUGUAACAGAUGUAAAGCUUUUGUAAGUAAACUGCAUAUGUGCUUACAAAGCAACCUUCCUUGUGCUUGCUAUGUUUUUUUGUUUAAUGUAAUCUAUAGUGUGAAUGUAUCGUCUGUGUAGUGUUUGUGGACAUGCUCACUGUAAUUGCUCUUUGUUGUUGCUAGAGAUGCCUAGGGCUAGUUCUGAACAGGACUCUAUCAUCACCACCGUGCUUUCCCUCUUCUGUGGCGUGGUGUGUCGUGACACUCCUCUCGGCCAAAUGUUUGAAACAAAACGCGAAGGAUUUUCAAAAGAUGUGUGUCGCAGUAUGGUGGCUUUGAUGGAUGUUGACAGAACUGGAAAAUUAGGAUAUGAAGAGUUCAGAGCUUUGUGGACAGAUGUCAGGCACUGGAAGAAUGUUUUCAAGAUGUAUGAUAAGGAUGGGUCUGGAUAUCUCAGUGCUUUUGAACUUCGUCAAGCACUUAAUUCAGCUGGUUACCGUCUUAAUAAUCACAUCUUAAAUAUACUGGUGCAUCGUUAUGGAACCAAGACGGGGACAAUCAGUUUUGAUGAUUUCAUGAUGUGUGCUGUGAAACUAAAGGCAAUGAUAGAUAUGUUCAAGGAGAAAGAUCCAGAUAACAGCAACAGAGCUGAGUUCACCAUGGAAGAAUGGGUGGAAAAAACACUCUAUGCAUAAAUGUCAAGGGAGUCAGCCAUGGAAUCAUAAAUAAUACUUCCCAUAUUUUCUUAUUCCUCUCUGUGGAAGUAUGAACAAAACCUACUUUUUUAUGAAAAUACAUCCCUUUCAUUCCUUCUUUCAAUGAAGAAAAUUGCACUCUCAAAGAAAAAAAUCAGCAUCAUGUUUCCUUUUGUUCAUUGAUCCUUUUUGCUUUGCAAUCUAGCAAGUUUUGAAAGGUUUACAAGACUAUGUUGUAAAUAAUUUCCAACACUAUGUGCCUGAGACGAAGUGUUGUUACUCCAUAGCCAACAAACAAAUAAUUCAUUUAAGUGUAAAGUUACAGGAAGUUGUCAUUUUCGUUCCAUAAUGUUGAUAAAUAAUGUUGCAGAAUAAUGCAUUUUUUCUCCAGUCCAUGAAAUAAUAAUAUCAGACUGCCAAUUUUUGCCUCAAAAUCUAGUGGUAAUCUAUAUUACAAUAGAAACUUGUUUUGAAGGACUAUAUAAAAGUGACUUACAGUGUUUCAUAGACAUAUUUUUCACUUGUACAUAAUCCAUAAUACAUUUUUACAGAAAGCUUCUUUGUGUCAUGUAUUGAUUACAGUCUCAUUUUUUAUUACUUCAUAUUUUGCUUAUAAAUAAGACAAUAAAGUUUGUUUUGUAAAACACUUGUUUUUAUUUUAUAUUAAGAAAUUAAUAUUUAUGUUAGAGACAGGUGGCAAGCAAAAAAAGCAUGAAAGGAAAGGAGAAAUUUUAGGAGGAAUCUAAUAAUCUUUAUAAUUAUAUUAGAAACUGAGAGCAAAUUCCAAACAGCCUAAAGUUUCAAUGCAAAUGUUCUGUUCUUUAUAGGAUUAAACAUUUAUCACAAUUAACAAGAAGAAUCUAAAACUAAUAUUAUUAUAACACUAGCAAAUAUGAAUGUUCAUGGUUCACAUCAAAUUCCAGCAUUACUUUUUCAAUAAAUUUUUAGAAAGUUUUUGCUUGAUGUCAUCUUAAUUGCAUGUAGUUGUGUGAAAUGUUAUCUUCAACCUUAUUAACUCUUAAAAAAGUUCAAUCCUUUGUACUUCUUUUUUAGUUAAUAAUGAAUGAAAAACUGUAGACAGU